UGCAUUUUUUUCCUCCUACAAAGUAAAAUGAUGUCGCCGGAUCAAACCGCUCCGCUCGAUGUGAUUUCUCCAUCGUCUCGCCGCCCUCGCAGUCGGAUCUUCGGAUGUCAAAGAAAAGAGGACUUUCUUUGGAGGAGAAGCGUGAGCAGAUUCUCCAAAUCUUUUAUGAGUCCCAAGACUUCUUCCUUCUUAAAGAGCUUGAGAAGUUGGGCCCAAAGAAAGGUGUCAUAAGUCAGUCAGUGAAGGAUGUUUUGCAAAGCUUAGUGGAUGAUGAUCUGGUUAUGAAGGACAAAAUAGGCACUUCCGUAUACUUUUGGAGUCUGCCUAGUUGUGCUGGUAAUCAGUUGAUAAACACACGAACCAAACUAGAAUCUGAGCUUGGAAACUGUAGAAAGCGCUUGUCUGAAGUUACUGGACAGAGGGACAACUUAAAAAAAGGCAGGGAGGAGUCUGAUGAGAGAGAGGCAGCAUUAGAAGAGCUCAAGGCUGUUGAGUUACAGCAUAAGAAGCUAAAGGAAGAAUUAGCCUGCUAUGCAGAUAAUGAUCCAGCUGCGUUGCAAAAAAUGAAAGAUGCAACUGAGGUUGCACAUGCAGCAGCUAAUAGAUGGACAGACAACAUAUUUACCUUACAACAAUGGUGUUCAACCAACUUCCCACAAGCAAAAGAACAGCUUGAACACAUGUACAAGGAGGUUGGGAUAACUGAUGACUUUGAAUACCUACAGUGAUUUUCUGAGACCCUCCUUGCUCUAUACUUCAAGAGCCAAUACCUUCUAUAGCGAGGUUACUUGACAUGGUUAAAUUUUGAAACAAUGGCACUACUAGUGUCCCUUUCCCUUCCAAAAGAUCAAACUUGGUGAACAUUUACUUCUAUUUUGGAUGCCAGUUGUCAUCGUACUCAUGUCUGCUGUGCUGUGCAGUUUUACGUUUUUUGUUAGAAUCAUUAUUAGCCUCCAAUACUUCGUCAAGAGACUCAUGUUGGUCAUGUUUUGUAUCACAUUUCGGUCAAUGCAGGUAGUUUUACAA